AUGUCUCCCGCCAAAAUCUCCCUCAAGCCUAGAGUCGUGGCGCUCGGCCAUCCCAAGUACGUGGGUGAAGAGUACCUGGCCUCAUUUUCCAACGACUUCGACUUUGAGGUUCUGGAGGCGACGAACCGCGCCGAAACAAAGGCCAUGUUGCCUCGCAUGGUGGCCGAGCGACCGAUUGAUGCGUUUGUCAUCCGCAUGGGCACGCCGCCUUACGAGCCGUUCGACGAGGAUCUGCUGGGAGCGAUGGUGCCGCAUUGCAAGAUCAUCACUUCUGCGUCGGCUGGAUUUAAUGAAUUCGACGUCGACUGGAUGACCAAAAACAACAUCUGGUUCUGCAACACGGUGGACGCGGUGGCCGAAGCCACAGCCGACAUGGCCAUGUUCCUCACACUCGCCGUGCUACGAGACACGACACGAGCCGAACGCCAGGCGCGCGACGGGUCGUGGAAAGCCAACCUCGUGCCGGUACGAGACCCAGGCGGCCUGACGCUGGGGAUUGUCGGCGCCGGCUCUAUCGGCAAAUACCUGGCGCGGAAGGCGGCGGCGUUCAACAUGAAAGUCGCGUACCACAACCGCCGCCGACUGCCGGUCGAGGAAGAGCAGCGCUACGGACUCACGUACCACGCCCGCCUGGACGACCUGCUGGCCGCGUCCGACGUCGUCUCCAUCAACUGUCCGUUGAACACGCAGACCACCCAUCUCAUCUCGCACGCCCAGUUCGCCGCCAUGAAGGACGGCGCCUUCCUCGUCAACACGGCCCGCGGGCCCGUCGUCGACGAGGACGCACUGAUCCACGCUCUGGAGUCUGGAAAACUCACCCGUGCAGGUUUGGACGUGUUUCACAACGAACCUAAUAUCAAUCCCUACUUCCGCUCUAGUGACCGCGUCAUUGUCCAGCCCCAUAUGGGCGGCUUGACGGAUCUCGCCUUCCGGAAAUCCGAGACCGAGUGCUUUGAGAAUAUUCGCUCUUUGUUCACUACCGGUCGGCCUGUGGCUCCGGUGAACAAUCUCAACUCUAAGCUGGGGUGA